AUGGAGAAUCCAAACUGGACAGAGGUACAAGAAGCACUUUAUCCUCAUCAAACUGCAACUGACCGUCCAGAUUUAGUUGCGCGAGUAUUUGAGAUGAAAAGAAAAGCGUUGAUGGAUGAGAUAGUUGAAAAGAAGGUGUUUGGGGAUGUGGUCGGGUACGUGUAUACCAUUGAGUUUCAGAAGCGUGGAUCGCCUCAUAUGCAUGCACUUAUAUAUCUUGAGAAGUCGCAGAUACAGUUGACCAGGAAUAAAGAUUCUCCUUGCAUGAAAAAAGAAAACUGCACCAAACAUUAUCCAAAGAGCUAUAACGAUACAACUUGCUUGGACGGAGGUGGGUAUUCGGUUUAUCGUCGAAGGAAUAAUGGCGUGGAGGUGGAUGUUCACGGUGGGCAUAAGGCAACCAACAUUGACAUUGUACCUUACAACCCGCAUUUGCUGCGGAUGUUUAAUUGCCAUAUAAACGUCGAGGAAAUUCCCCACAUGGAAAGGUUGGCAAUACACCUUAAAGGUAUGCAGAGAAUUGUAUAUGAAUCCGAAGCAUCGACCGAAGGAGUGACACAGAUAGCUGAGAAUUAUAAAUCUAAACUGAUGGCAUACUUUGAGUACUAUGAUGAGAAUCCUGAUGCCCCUGCAUACACGUAUCAAGAUUUUCUGCAGCAUAUGGUGUGGAAAAAAGAUAUAUCUAAAUGA